GUCCCUGAUACAAACAUACUAUUUUCGUUUACAUUUAGUAUACAUUUAGAUACAUAACAAACCUGUAGUUGAAAUAUAAUUGUUUUUAAUAUUUUUAUUGAAAGGACGCGUAUAUUUCAUUAAUUACAUUAUGAAGCUGGAUUGUUUGAUGAUUGUGACUAUGGUUUACAUUACGCCGUUCACAUCAGUGGUACAUACACGUGCAGUUAUAGAAGUUGGUUUGAUGGGAGUACAAAUAUAUACGCAAAGAUAGAACGUGUGAUUUUUUUUUUGGGUUUAAUAAAUGUGAUCCUUAUUUUAAAGUUUGUCUCAGCGCUUCAUCUGUAAGUUGUAAAUCAAACCAGAAAGUGACGUCAUCUACCAACAACGCUAAUUAUUUGUCUGACAUCAUACAUCGUAGAGAUAUAAAACCUAAUCCUGUUAUAUUUCCAUUCGUCACUAUACCGAGUAGUUUUCAAGUGCGAGUAGAGAUCUGGAAUGAUAAUCCAAUUAGUGAUGACCAUGUUGAUACAGCAAACUGGACACACCGAGGAUAUGAUCAUGAACGUAAAAAUCUUUCACUCACUGGACAGAAAUCUUGGGCAAGUGUUAAAAUAUAUGUAAUCAUUCGAUGUGACAAGAGUUUUUACGGUGAGAAAUGUGAGACACGUUGUGUACCUAUCAACAAUGGACAUUGUAGUAGCAAUGGGACUAUCGUUUGUAACCCUGGUUUCACGGGUCCAAGGUGUACAGUGAAACAAAAUUCGUCUCGAUCGCCAACAAUCAGAUCAACAACAGCAAGUAAGCCGAAUAUAAGUUCAACAUCGACAGUUAAUUCAACUCAAAUGGAAACAAAAACUACAUUGCUAUCGACACAAUCACCCGCAAUGAAAUCAACAAAAUCAUCAUCUAGAAAGUCAACGCGCGUUUCGACAAAAUAUUCCAGAAAUUUAAAAACAAAAUCUACCAUAUCAUCGACGAUAAAAACAAACUCAACCGUUAAACCAGUCAUUACAUCUACUGAAAUAUCCAGUAAAUCUUCAACAGUGUUAAAAUAUUCGACACGAAAGUCAACAAUAUCAUCCACUAUCAAAUCAACAACACUAACGAAACCAUCAAAAACGCCAUCGUCGGCAAUUUUACCAGAAACGUCAACAAAUCAGUCAAAAAUAAAAUCAACAACACAUUCGACUAAGCAAUCUACUACUGUUUCAACUAGCAGGAUAUCUACAUUGUCGACAAAACAGUCAAGAUAUCCGUCAACGCAUAAAUCAACUAAAACAUCAGCAACAACAUUAUUAAAACAGUCUACAACGCUUUUACCAAAGAUUUCAACCAAACAAUUUAUAGGUAAUUCAACAAUUUCGUCAACAAAACAGAUAACAUCAACAAAACAGUCAAAAAUAAAAUCAACAACACAUUCGACAAAACAAUCUGCGACUGUUUCAACUAGCACGAUAUCUACAUUGUCGACAAAACAGUCAAGAUAUCCAUCAACGCACACAUCAACUAAAACAUCAACAACAGCAUCGACAAAACAAUCAACAAGGCAAUCAUUCAAAACAUCGUUAAAACAAUCUACAACGCUUUUACCAAAGAUUUCAACCAAGCAAUCUAUAAGUAAUUCAACAAUAUCGUCAACAAAACAGAUAACAACACAACCGACUAGUAAACUUUCUACUUUAAUAACUACAAUAUCAAAGGCAACGGCAAUUAGGUCAACAGAGUCGACAACCAAAUUGGCAACAUCAGCAACAAAAUUGCCAUCAAUCUCACCAAGUUCUGCGUCAACAACUUCAUCAGCAUCAGAAUCAACAAAACAUGAUACACGGAAAACAUCAAAAGCUAUGACUUCAUCGAUCGGAAAAACAACAUCACAAACAGCUUCUGCAUCAAUGUCAAAACAAAAGUCAUCGUCUUUGCAACCAACAAAACCACAAACAGCAACUGUAUCCCGGCAAGCAUCAAAACAAACAAUGAUGACAAAAUCAACACGCUCAUCCAACAACUCAUCACCAAAACUCAUCACCUUAUCGACAGUAAACCCAUCCACUUCAUCGUCAAAGGAUCUAAGUUCACUUCCAUCAACCAAGUUGAACCAUAAAUCAACAGCUAAAUUAAAACCAACAAAAAUGACGGCUAAAGUAACAUCUGCAUCCAUAUCAUCAUCUAAAAUUACAGUUUCAACUAGACAUUUUUCAUCACAAAUCGUCCCGAAACUCAGCACCAAUUAUAUACCAUCGUCAAAGAAAUCCGUUACGGAAGCAAAGACAAAUGCACACUCGAAGCCUACAUUCAAAAUAAUUUCAACAACACCAGUAGAACAGAACGGACAAGUUGGUAGAGUUGUUAUCCCUCCAGACGACGGAAAGAGCAACACAAUACCGGUAGCACUUGGAAUAACCGGCGGCGUCAUUUUUAUUGCAGGAGUUUUGGCAAUAUUUAUUGUUAUGAAAAAAAGACGGCAGCCGUUUACUCUUGUAUUUGAUGACGAUUUACUGACAGAUGAUAGUCAAAUAGCAGUUAGCGGAAGUCUACAUCUACAGCUAGAUCAAAUACCGUCUGUAAAUUACACAAACAAAACAAAAGACAGGCAGCUUGGAAUAGACAAUCCACUAUACGGCACUACCAAUUCAGAAUCACAUUCAUAAUCUUAUUUCUACCUGGUGUUGAAACUUUAUUUAGGGCGAUAAAGUUCUUAGAUGGAUAAUGAAUAUAAAGACAAGUAACAUAAAUGUUGAUACAUUUCAAAAUCCUCCUACAAAGCAAUCUUGGCGGGAAAAAGUAAUUAUAACUUGUACAAAUUAGUGUGCGUUGUGAUAACUUUCAAUCACUACACUAUGUUUUUUUUUCACCAGUUUCAACUGAAAGAACUUACCGUUGUUUGCAGUAGUCAGUAUGGUCGCCAUAUUUCCAUAUUCAACUAGACAUCCUGGUAUUUUAACCGUCCAGCUGUUAUUAAGGGUCAGAUAUAUUUAUGUUAAUGCUACUUCAAUGUUUCAAUGAGCAAAUAUCUGUGACAUGUUGUGUGACAUUUGGUUUAAAUGCAGAAAAUAUAAUCAAUAGUUUAAUGUAAGGAAGCUUUAAUUUAGAACACGGUUCUAUUACUCGUGUUCCGGGCAGUACUACUCCGGGCACUGACUGGAAUACAUCCUUGCGUUUCAUUCAAAUUCUGAAAGAGAUAUAUCCACCUAAAAGCAAUGAAAAAAAAGUCGCAUCUAGUCUUACUUACAGAGGUAAUUAUAUAUGCAGUUUUUCUUGAAAGUAACAGUAUUAAACCCAAGCAUGAUCUGUCGAUUUAUUCACUGUUGCCCCGAAAACUAAAGCAUGUAUCAAACAUUUAAAAACUAUACAUGUACAUAUACUUGUUAUGUAAAUAGUGGUCAUUGAGUAAUAAAGCUCUUAUCCAUGUCAAAACGGCUUAUAUUAAAUAUACAGAUAGCAUUAUUGAAUAAAAAAAUAGAGACGUUUUAUUUAUUUAUUUUGUGUGUAGUAUUGCUUUUUACUUUUUCGUUACGUUCUAUAAUACUUAUGAUUAUGUUGUACAUGCUCAUAUUUUUCUUUUGGUUUUAAUCAAUACAUUAGCUUUUUCUGAUACUCCUGAGACAAUAAUGUGUCUUUUAGAGAAUGUCACUAUGUCAAUUAGUAAAUUAAUUGCUUUUUGAAUCAUUCUUGUGAAAUAAAAAGAGCAUGGAAAGGAACAAGACAAGACUAGGGUAACACCAGGAGUUAACAAGACCUGAAACUUACAAAAAUAAAACCGUGCUUUCCGCGACUAUGACGAUACUAUUCAGAUUUUGCUCUUGACCAGAGGCAGGGCAUUUUUCAUUCUUGCAGCAGAGAUGAAAUUUUAUGUCUAUUAAUAUAAGUAUCAACAUUUGUUUGUAAAGGUGAAAAGUAUAUUGUAUUUAUGUACGUUAUUGCAAUAAUGAAGUUCAAAAUAAUAAGACAUA